AGACUUCUCCUAGUUGUAUUUAAUGCGAUAAAAUUUCAACUAUUUGGCAUUCGCAGUUAAAUGUUUGAAAGUGCACCUCAUCUAACUGAAUGCGCAAGAUCUUAUUGUAAUAGCAAAGCGUGAAGGUUAAUAGAAAAAUAUUAAAAAUUUAAUUAAUACCGUUCCUGUUGUAUUUUCCAACAUACUAAAUAAAUCAGUUUCACACGCAAAAUGGCUAAAGAACUGCACACACUUGGCUGGGACUACUUCAUGUUUGUGGUCUUCAUUUUGAUCACCGUAUUCGCACCGCUUUGGAAACGCCUCUUUGGCAAGAAGAAGGAGCGCAGCAAAGCCGACUAUGUCUUUGCCACCGGUGGCAUAUCAAUUGUGGCGAUUAUGUUAUCAAUUGCACGCGGCACGCUCGGCGUACGCACCGUACUAGGUUAUCCCAGUGAGCUGUUUUAUCGUGGCUCUGCCAUGUGGGAGAACAUCUACGGCAUGGUCAGCGCUUAUCCCAUUGUGUGCUUCGUAUUUGUGCCAGUUUACUUUAAUUUGGGUAUAACGUCCGUCUACCAGUACAUAGAUUUAAGAUUUAAAAGUCGACUGGUGCGCUGCCUCGCUUCCGGCACCUACAUUGUGCGGCAAAUUUGCUCCCUCGGCAUUGCCGUUUAUACACCGAGCGUCGCCUUGUCGACCGUAAUUGGCAUUCCCUAUUGGGCAUCCAUUGUGGGCAUGGCUGUGAUUUGCAUAUUUUUCACCAUUAUGGGUGGUUUGAAAGCAGCCAUUAAUGCCGAUGUCAUACAAACUGUAACUGUCAUUUUGGUGACAUUAGCUGUCAUUGUCAAAGGUCUCAUGGCCAGUGGCGGCGUACAACACGUCUACGAAGUGAAUCGCGAUAAUGGGCGUUUAACAUUCUUUAACUUCACCGGCGACAUGACUGUGCGCGUAGACACGCUCUCUGCAUGGAUGGGUCAAUUGUUCAUGUCAUUGUCACAAUUCGGCUGUCAACAAAAUUUCAUGCAGCGUUAUGUUUCACUGAAAUCCAUGAGUCAGGUGCGACGCGUCAUGAUGACAAAUAUACCCAUCAUCGUCGUGUUCUUCUCACUCUCCUGGCUGUCGGGUAUGGUCAUCUAUGCAACCUACAUUAAUUGUGAUCCAUACGCUGAGGGUUACAUACGCAAACCAGAUGAAAUUUUGCCAUUUUUCGUGGAGGACCAGUUGGCCGUAAUACCCGGUUUCGUGGGUAUUUUCAUGGCAAUGCUCUUCAACGGUGCCCUGUGCAUGAUGGUUUCGAAUUUAAAUUCAUUAGCUACUGUUUGCUGGGAGGAUUUCAUCUCGCAAAUGCCACAAUUCAAGGGACUCAGCGACAAGCAACAGCUUUUCAUUCUAAAGAUUAUAACCGUCAUUUGUGGCUUCAUUACAAUGGGUGUUGCUUUCGGUGUGGGUCUACUGUCCGGCGUAAUUGAAUCAUCGUUGUUGGCAUUUUCGGCUACAUCUGGCCCAUUAUUGGGCUGCUUUAUACUGGCCAUGCUGGUGCCGAUUGCUAAUUGGAAGGGUACCUCCGCUGGCAUGAUUUCAUCUUGCGCUUUCAUACUGUGGAUCAUCGCUGGCAGCGCUACGGUCGACAAGAGCGCUCAAAACUCUUUCCUACCCACAUCUACAGAGGGCUGCACCAAUACAACCUUUUCGCCAUCUAUAACCAAACCAUUGGAACUCCAACAAUCUUGGCUGAUCUCACAUUCGCUGCUCAACAAUACUUCGCCGCUAGAACAAACAAUUAUGGCGCCUGAACGCACUCCUUUGGAGACGUUCUAUUCCAUCAGUUAUAUGUACUACAGUUUGCUUGGCGCAGUGAUUACUAUUGGUGUUGGUGUUAUAAUCAGUUAUCUGACACGAGAUCCCAAAGAUGCUUACGAUGCUAAACUUCUACAUCCGGUUGUGUUGCGUUGGUGCGAACGUUUCCCUGGCGACAAACCAUAUAUUAUCGGUGAAGCCACCAGUGAUUUGACUGGAGUGGAGAAAGUAAAAGGCGCAAAAGUAAAUUUGGCGUUUGAUGGACAAACCGAAUCGAAUAUUAUUAUUGGCACUAGCAAUGAGAAGCAGAAACAUAAUCCCAUUGAUGUUGUGUUCACCAAUGGACAAAAUGGCCACAAAAAUGACAGCAUCGAUGAGCGUAGCAUCACGAAGGGUAGUCUAGCGAGAGCAGCAGAAUUGGAUACACCACCAAGUGGUGGCGAAAAUGGCACAUACCGUCAGUUCAAGGAGAAAGAGACAGUGUGAUAUGUACCAUUGGCUGAUGGAUGGCGUCUAAUAUGUGGGGUAUCCUUGAUAUUUUAACGUACAUCGUAGCGACUUAAGUUAAUUUACUUAAUAUUUUAAUGAUAUUAUGCUAAUGUUAUUAUCUAUAUACAUAUACAGUUUAUUGUUAGUAAUGUUUAAGUCUGAAAGUUACAAAUAACUUAAAAGCUUCUAAACUAACUAGUAAUGUUAAUUACACCAGAAUUUACACACACAUACAGAUAUUACUACAUACAUAUAUAUAUAUAGGCUAAGAAAAUUAGUUAACUAAGUCAUUUUAAUAAUGAAUUAAUGAUGUAUGAUGAAGUUGAUGAAGACACACUGUGAUCAUUAAUUAAUUUGACUAAUUGUACUGAUCAAUGCAACAAUAUAUGGAAAUGCAUGUUGUCUAUGCUCACAUUCGUGGGAACUACUUGCAUGUAUUUUUUGACAUACAUAUAUAUUAUAUAAAAAUGUUAUAUAUAUACAUAUAUACGAUGCAUUCAUGCCUUAGAAAUAAGUACAUAAAUCGGAAAACAGUUAUAUACAUAUAUAUUUUUAAAAUUUUUUUAUGAUAUAAGCUCCUUACCAGUUUACAAAAAUUAUAAGUACAUACAAACAGUUGUGAAUUAUUGGAUAUAAGCCUACUCGUAUAUAGCUAUAUACUAUUUAGUGUUUUAAUACAACGCCCUAUUUCAAAUAGCAGCAUGUAGACGGCACGUUUCGGUCAGAUCGCAAAUUGUAACAACACCGUGCGGUUAGCGAGACGUCUAACUCUAUGGCCAAGAAAUAAAGGGACAUUUUUUUUUAAUUAAAAAUGAAAAGUUAUUGAUGUUUAUAAUUCAAUUUGGUGCCAAUGACAUUACUUUAGAAGCGUUUUUGUAAAAGUGAAUUUAUUGGAAAUAUUGCGAGUAUAAUUCAAGCAAAGAUUGAGUCUUAUAAAUAAAAAUAAUUACUUUAAGAAUAAAUAAUAAGUUAAAAUUAUUGAAAGUUAAUCUUUGAAAAAUAAAUUAAAUUUUAUUUUUAUUCACAAUA